AUUUAUCUCUAACGAGGAAUUCGGUUUAACUCACUGCAUUUUUGUUAUGGAUGUGUGACUGCAAUCUGAAAUUUUGGGGGCUGAUUGAAUUGGAUUGAGAAAAUGUAGUAAAAUUUUGUCAUGUUAUGUGGUUGGUGAUUGUGUUAUUGCUGGAAGAUUUGAAAACGUAUUUCUCUGUUGCCUAUAGUUCUGAAUAUCCCCCCCGACCCAAAAGGUAUUUUAUGGAUUGUAAGACUUGGAAGUAAUUGAAGUAAACAGCACGCUGGAAAUCCACCCUGUACAAGUGCAUUCGAAGGAGAAGAGGAUAUUUCUAUUCUUUUCUUGAACUAACUUGGAGUACUGUAGAAAGCAAGCUGUUUAGGAGGAUUCUUGAUUAUAAGUUAUUUGCUUCAGAUUUAUUAUUAUAAAAUUGUUAGUUGCAUAGUUCAGCAUUGGUUUCAUCUGUUGUCUUGAUUUCUCCUUUUUACCAUGAAGUAUUUAAUUUUGAAAUUCGGUGUUAGGUUUUGUCAACUUUAUAAAUACAACAUAAGUUAUAAACUGAUAAAUUUUUAGUUUUGCUAGGUGAAGAACAUGAUUCUCACUAAGCAGUACCGGUGUGUACACUCAUCUAGCUGUCAAUGUACUAAAGGGCAUUUAAGUGAAGAUGUGAUAUUCUUAGUAUUUCAUAAUUUGAAUUGGAAUCCCAAGCUAAUUGCGACUCUGUCGUGUGUGUGCAAAUGGUUUGAUGAUCUCGCCAAACGUGUUCUAUGGAAAGAGUUUUGCAAAACAAGAGCACCGAAGAUGUUGCAUGAUCUGCAAUCUAAUGGAAGCCACAUUGUUGAUGGGAACUGGAGGGCCUUGGGGAAGCUGCUUAUAUACUGUUCAGGGUGCACAAAAGGUGGCUUGUUCAAUAGCAUUCAGAUCCCUGGUCACUUUGUUUAUCAGACUCGAUUUUCUAGAACAUCAGGAAAGAGCUUUCUUUUGCCACAAUGCAGAACUGAUGUUUUGUAUGUGUCUGAUCCUUGUGAGCAUCUUGACCAAGGUGAAGAAGGAGAUGUAGGAUUCUUCCGUGGGGUUUUUAAAUCAUUUGCAACCUCAAAGGUCAGGAAGAUGCUUAUUAAUAAAGGUGCCAAGCUCCAUCCAACAGAAGUCUGCCCUUAUUGUAAGGCAAAGUUGUGGAGCAUGCUGCAAGCCAAAAUGAUCCCUCAAAGUGCUAGUUGCAGGUUGGGUUCAUAUGAAGAUUGUAUUGAGUAUUAUGUGUGUCUCAAUGGCCAUAUGCUUGGGAUAUGUACCUUGUUACCAUUGUCUGAUUCAGAAGAGGCAUCUGAGUUGGAAUAAUACCUAAAUGCUUUUCAGGAUGGCGGAAAGUCCUCACAAGUUGGUUGAACACACUAACGGUCAAUUUCAGCUGAACUGCACCUGAAAUACACCAUUAAUUUACCCUUGAUCUCGAUGCUUCUGGCUCACCCAAGCCAACAUUUCCAAGAACAGAGAUAUUACUAACCCAAUUUUUCGUAUGAAUCAUCAUACCGAAGGUUGCUGUGAACAAUGUGAUAUACCAUGUAUAUUGAUGUGUGGUGUCUUUUCCUGGUGACAAACAUGCGUGUGCACUAAUACAUAUUGUACAGUAUCAUUAGGAUUCAUUUGUAUGUUCUCAUUAUCAUCCAGAGACAUUGAAUCGCAUGAAUUUUAUUAUGCUUCAUCGGUUUCCUUUUUUAGGUUUGUACACAUACGCCUUCCAGUCCCAAACCCACUCCAGCGACGAAGAAUAAACAGUAAUUUUAAAUUAGACAAAGGUAUUAUCUCGUUUAUGGCUGGUCAGAAUUUGUAUAAGAAUGGGGGAUUUAAUGCUUAUUUCUCCAACUUGGAAUGAGAUACUUCAUACUUAUGAUCUUUAGUUUGUUAUUUGACUUUUUUUAUUUUGUCCUUCGAGCAUAUAGUCAUGGUUCACAAAACCUAACUUUUCUUAAUGAAGCUGGAAUAAAUCUAACUCGACGCAACUGAAAUAAGCUCAACUUUACUCAUUUACAUCACUAUUAACAUUAUGAUGGGGGGUAAGUUUAGCUAGUUCUGCAGGAUGCUACUCCCUCAACAGAGACAAAGGUAAAAUAUUUAUACAGCUUUGU